CACAAGACAAGAAAAGAAACAAGAAAACAGUGCAGCGGCCGGUGGACUCUACCGCCCUCUUCCUCUCCGCCUCCAGUUCCAUUCGCCGGAGAUCGACCACCGAAGAUGCUACCGUGGAUCUUCAGCCGCAAGGGCGCCUCGGGCUUCUCCUGGGCGUCCACCGCCGACCAGGUCACCGCCGGCAUCUCCGCGGCCGGCCUCACCGCAAUAGUCACCGGUGCGUCGAGCGGGAUCGGCGCGGAGACGGCGCGGGUGCUGGCGGCGCGCGGGGCCCACGUCGUCAUGGCCGCCAGGAACCUCGCCGCCGCAGAGGCCGUGCGCCAGGCCGUCCUCGCCGAGACCCCCGCCGCCAGCCUCGACCUCAUGGAGCUGGACCUCUCCUCCCUCGCCUCCGUCCGCAAAUUCGCCGCCGACUUCGCCGCCAGGGGGCUCCCGCUCAACAUCCUCAUCAACAACGCAGGGGUAAUGGCGACUCCUUUCUCCCUCUCAAAGGAUGGCAUCGAGAUGCAGUUUGCAACUAACCAUGUCGGGCAUUUUCUCUUGACACAUCUGCUGCUGGAAACAAUGAAAACGACCUCUCGUGAAUCAAACGUUGAAGGAAGAAUUGUUAAUGUUUCGUCAGAGGGGCACAGGUUUGCAUACAAGGAAGGCAUCCGUUUUGCCAAGCUAAAUGACGAGGAAGAGUAUAGCACCAUUGCAGCAUAUGGACAGUCAAAGCUUGCAAAUAUUUUGCACGCUAAUGAACUUGCCAGGAGAUUUAAGGAAGAGGGUGUUAACAUCACCGCGAACUCUCUCCAUCCCGGAUCUAUCAUCACGAACCUUCUUCGCCACCACAGCAUCAUAGAUGUUCUCCAUCGGACGCUUGGUAAACUGGUGCUGAAGAACGCUAAACAGGGGGCGGCGACGCAGUGCUACGUGGCGCUGCACCCGGAUGCCAAGGGGGUGUCGGGGAGGUACUGGAGCGACAGCAACCUGUACGAGGCGGGCGAGAAGGGCAAGGACGCGGAGCUGGGGAAGAAGCUGUGGGACUACACCCUCGACCUCGUCGCGGGCUGACCGACCUGAAGAAUGCUGAGAUGAAUGCAUCAUCUCUACUCUACUCGUGCAAUGUAAUGUUGAGGAAUCAUCAUAUCAUACUCCCUUUGUUCCUAAAUAAUUGUUGUUGUUUAGUUCUCCCCCAACAACAAGUAUCAUGGUAGAGAGGGAGCGAUAAUUAAGAAUGUUGACACGCACUGCACUAGAUUCACAAGGGGUGGAAUUGUAUCGAUGUCUGAAUUUGGAUGGCUGCAGAAUUUGGCUUGGUGGAGCAUAUGAUGGAUGAAAUGAAAUGAGGAAUAUGCUCU